UGACACAAGACCAUGACCAUAAAAUCGUUUGAAUUCGACUAGACCAGCUAAUUCCAACUUGUCGUUCGUUAGGUGAUUUCCGAGUAGAAUUAUCAAUUGAUCGUUUCGUGACAAUUUUGUAGGAGUUAUUGAAAUGUCGAAGUAUGAGUCGAAACUGGAUGUUGAGAAGACGCAAGAAGCAAUCAAAUAUUUGAGACAUUGUUUCCAGAAACAUAUUUCAACAAACUUGAAUUUACUUCGUGUAUCCGCUCCAUUGUUUGUACCGGUUAACAGUGGGCUGCAAGAUGAUUUGUCUGGUGUUGAACGUGCUAUCAGUUUUGAUGUUCACUCCGGUGAGAAAGCAUUCAUUAAUCAGUCGUUAGCCAAAUGGAAACGUAUGGCACUGCACAAGUACAAACUGAAUCACUAUAAAGGGAUUUAUACAGAUAUGAAUGCUGUUAGGCGUGAUGAAGUUGUCUCUCCAUUACACUCAUACUAUGUGGACCAGUGGGACUGGGAACUUAUUAUCCAAAGAGAUGAAAGAAAUGAAAAGAAAUUAGAGGAAAUAGUUCAGAAGAUAUACGAUGCUAUCAAGCAAACAGAGAAGAAGUUGGUAGAAGUAUACCCUGUGUUGAAUCGGAAGUUGCCUGAAAAGCUUACAUUCAUGAAGACACAGGAGCUGGAGGAUCUCUAUCCAGAUAAAACACCCGGAGAACGAGAAUACCUUGCAGUAAAACAAUAUGGUGCCGUCUUCCUGAAGCAGAUAGGAAAGACACUAAGGUCCAAUACAGUGCAUGACAAACGAGCACCAGACUAUGAUGACUGGGAGCUGAAUGGAGAUAUAUUGGUGUAUAGUCAACAUGAUGACAGGUGUAUAGAAUUGUCAUCAAUGGGCAUUCGGGUGGAUGAGGUGUCAAUGGAUAGCCAGUUGAAACAAAGUGGUUGUGAAUCACGCCGGCAGUUCGAAUAUCAUCAAAAGGUUCUGAAUGGUGAAUAUCCACUGACCAUAGGAGGUGGAAUAGGACAGAGUCGAUUGUGCAUGUUUCUGCUGGAGAAGAAGCAUAUCGGUGAAGUACAAGUCAGUAUAUGGCCAGAACACGUUCAUCGUGAAUGUGAACAAAAUAAUAUAUUUCUUUUGUGAACAAAAUGGAAUGAAACUUUGUCUUGAUAGACUAAACAUUUUUCUUAUGGUUUUGAAUAACUUUUACUUUUCACUAUCCCAGAGGUAACGUAUGUUGUCAUGAUAGCGAUGAAAAUUAGUGUAAUAUUUACCCUUCAUGAUUCUCUUUCUGCUAUUAGACAGUACUUCUAUAUGCUCUUAAGACUUUUGUCGAUUACACUGAUAUAAAGCUUGCCGUUUAACAUAUAUAUAAACAAUAUUUAUCGGAAA